AUGAAUGAUUAUCUAUUACCCGAACGACCAAGUAAACGAGUCUUCUAUGGUUCCACAACAAGCAUGUUCGACGAAGAGGAUGAAGAACAGUAUUUCGCUUUUAGCAAAGCUGCAGCUGACUCAGAAUUCUCCAUUGUUGGC